AUGGAAGGCGGCGGCGAUGUUGGACGCGGCCGUGGUGGUUUCGGUAGAGGACGUGGAGAUAGGGGCGACCGUGGCCGUGGUCGCGGGCGCGGGCGCGGGCGUGGAGGAGACAAAGACGAGAAGGAGGGCUGGACUCCGGUCACCAAACUCGGCCGGCUCGUGAAGGAGGGCAAGAUUAAAAGUCUCGAGGAGAUUUUUCUAUACUCUCUGCCGGUGAAGGAGUACCAGAUUAUUGACAAGUUCCUUGCCGCCCCUCCCCCCGGUGUCGUGGCCCCCACCUCUGGCCUUCGUGACGAGGUGAUGAAGAUCAUGCCGGUGCAGAAGCAAACGUCCGCGGGACAGCGUACUCGAUUUAAGGCUUUUGUGGCCAUUGGUGACUACGAUGGACACGUGGGGCUUGGCGUCAAGUGCGCGAAGGAAGUGGCGACGGCGAUUCGAGGCGCCAUCAUCAUGGCCAAGCUGUCGAUCGUCCCUGUCCGCCGAGGCUACUGGGGCCGUAAGAUUGGCAAACCCCACACCAUCCCUGUGAAGGUGACCGGCAAAUGCGGGUCCGUCUCUGUCCGCCUGGUCCCUGCGCCUCGAGGCUGUGGCCUGGUGGCGGCCCCCGUUCCCAAGAAGUUGUUGAACAUGGCGGGGAUCAAGGACGUGUACACAGCCACCACGGGGAAUUCCCGCACGCUGGGCAAUUUCGUCAAGGCGGUCUUCUCGGCCCUCUCCAAGACGUACGGCUACUUGACGCCUGACCUCUGGCAGCCGACGGCCUUGGGCAAGGAUCCGUACCAAGAGCACACGGACUUUCUGAGCUCGGGGAAGGUCGAGUUCACGCGGCGCAAGGAGGUGGAGUAG